AUGGAGGUAGAUGUUGUAGGUGUUGAAGAAAGUGAAGAGCGUGAAUCUUUAGCUGGUGAGCAAAUUCCAGAAGUGGGGAUGACAUUCGAUUAUGAAGAAAGACUUUAUAAUUUUUACAAGAAAUAUGCUUUUGAUGCUGGAUUUGGGAUUCGUAAAGUUAGCACAAAAACGGAGGGCGAAGUCAAAUAUUACACACUUGCAUGUUCUAGAGGAGGAAUUCUGUUGAACAAAAAUUUUCAUUCAUUGGUAGUUGAAGCUAAAGGGUAUGACAACUUGCAAUUUGGUGAGAAAGAUUACAUAAAUUACAUUGCAAAGGUGAGGCAGUUAAAGCUUGUAGUUGGGGAUGCCGAAGCACUUCGUAACUACUUCACUCGCAUGCAACGAAGAAAUUCAAAUUUUUUCUAUGACAUUGAUAUGGAUGACGCCGGUCAUUUGCGAAAUGGUUUUUUGGGUAGAUGCAAGGUCAAGGGCAGCUUAUGA